AUGGCACAGGAGACUGUCAUGUCCUACACAUUCCCAUCUACGCCUUCAAAACAAAAGGUGCAAGAUUCUGAGAAACAAGAGCUCCCGUCUUGCCUAAAGAACAGCGGCAAUGGAAAAACAGCUCCAUACGGACACAAACACAGCACAUCACAGGUACGGUUUUCAUUACCGCUAGAGCCAGAUUCAGAUUACCACUCAGAGUCCAACUGCAAUUCAGGGCUCGAAGAAUUGCAUCCUUUCAAUGGCUCCACGUCUAGCUCGCCGAGCAAAGUUGUAUUUCCGAAGAGUUCCGACGACAACUUGGCCACACACUUCGUGGACUUCCAUAGCAAAGUUAUGGUUGAUGUCCCUGAGGAUAUUUGGCAGUUCCAUAACGAUCGUGACAGAAGCUGUAAAACUAGUUCGAGCCCGACCAAGGGGCAUCAGCGAACGCAGUCUCUGCAAUCCAUGAUCGCAGAUACUAUUCAAAGCUACCAUCCGAAACCCAGUCAGAACAUAGACACAUCUGCAUCGAUUAGCACUCCGCCGCGUCUCAAGCCAACAAACCUUUACUUAAAAUCAGACUCUUCUCUAAACAAAUACCAAGUACCAGUGCCUUUGGAGGCAUCACUGCCACCAUACCUUUCACCAGAAAAUAAAUCGAAGCGCAGGAAUAGUUUGAUUUAUGAUGGUGAGGGAUAUAGUUUAUUUUUGGGAGACGAAGAGGACAGCAGUUUCAAUGAACAGGACGUAUCGCGGCGAGAGUCGGAAGCAAAUACCUCUAUCAGUCACUGCAGUGAUUUAUCCAUACCGUCUGCGACCCAUGACUAUUCCUUUGAUGUUAAUGAAGAUAUCGACAGACUUCUUGGAAUAGACGAAGACGCAAACGUCAAUUUGAAGAAACAAGCACGUAAUCUUUUGAAUAGAAUGCCGAACCCAAAUGAGCAACACCCUCCGCCUUUUCCGAAGCCUCCUACUUUUAAGGAUAGUGCAAAUAUAACCAGAGUAAACGGCACUCAAGAAGUCCGAGAAUCUCCAAAUUGUGACUUUUCAUCUCAAAGCGAUGCGCUUAAAAUUCUUACGAGUCCUUCCAAAACAAUUACGAUACCAAGUUUUGAUCAAAUUCCUGUACCUACCAAAAAUUCAACGCUGUCUCACUUCUUGACCAAAAUGGAAAACGAGGAUAGAGAUGACGAUAUUUCGCAUAACCACCAACAAUCAGAUGAGAUGAAUCAAACUUUCCAAUUUCCAUCACCUCAGAAAGAUCUCCCUGAAAACUCAGGAUCCACGCCAAGCGAUGAUUUUCUGUCCUAUGGAGCUGACUCGCCAGCUGACAAUUCAUUUGAGAGAAGAAGAAAGUUACUCAUCAAAGAAUCUUCCAAUGGUAAGGGUCUGAGAAGCCAUACCCACACCAGGACCCGAAGCAUUCAUAAUUCACAAGAUAUAUUUUCUGAGAAAAACUCUAACGAAAAUACGAUCAGCACUAAUAUGGAUGUCAUCGUGAUACCCGAACGCUCUCCUAAACGAUCACAGUCUAACAAUUUACAGAUGCGUGGAGAACCUGAAGCGGUUGUUUCGACUCCAACGAAGAGCACUGCUCAUUAUAUUCCUAAAGCGAAUUUAUCAACAGUUGCGUUGUCUGGCGCUGGAAAUAUUGAUGAUUCAUUCAGUUACACUUCAAGUACUGACUGCCAAAAGGGCUCCAAGGACCCUUCGCAUACUCCUACUGAAGUACUGUUACCGCCUGAAAAUCAUUCGACUGUCAGCUUUUCAUCAUUGAACUCUCAUCAAGAAUCUCCCUUAAGUACAGCUUUGGGCGGUGCUGAUUCGUCAACGUCUCUUGCAAGAGAUUUUUUCUGCGACACAAUGAAGGAUCCUAUAUCUUCCGCAUCUACCCAUAAUUCGUUCGAUUCUGAAGAUCAAAAGCCUAAUGCUAAUUCAAACGACAGCAUUGAAGUGAUUGGAGAGAACAAAGAAAGACCGACACCUUUAUCGACGUAUCAUUCGUUCAAGGCUCCAUUGAACUUACUUUCGGAUCAUAAUCAAACAACUUUCACGGAUAUUAGAACCACGACAAAGGACAGACUCUCACCCACGAGACAGCUUUCGAAUGUCAUGAGUCAUUCAUCAUGUGAAUCGAAAGAUAGCAUUCCGUCACAUCCGUCAAGCGCUACUGCAUACUCACUAAACAGCUACGUGAAUUCAUCACUGUUUGAUCAAGUAAGAAAAAAGAAAGCCACUUCAUUUGCAACUGGAAGUAAUGCGAACAAGUCCAAUAUUGAUGACUCGAAACCAGGAUAUCUAGAUACGUCUCAGCCACAAACACUCAAAGAGUGUAUUGGUGGUGAAAUGGUGGAUGUGAUUUUGUUAGACAGUUUUGAUGACGAUACGCCACCGCCAUCAAGGAGGAGGCCAAAAUCGCUACAUGGUGAUGCUUUAGAGCACCAUGAAAUUCUUGCCUUGUGCGAUGAAACCGCAAACAAGGCAAAGACUGUAAUAUUAGACUUGGUUAAUAUUACUAAACAACCUCAUUCUAAAUUCAAAUCUCUUCCUCGGCCACUUACAGAGAUCUCAUCAUUACAAAGUAGGCAAAAGACCGCGGCUGAAGAUAUCGCAAGCUCUGCUCGCUUGGGUUAUGAUAAGUUCGGGCAUGUCAUGAACACAAGAAUUGCCCCACCCAGAUAUGUCUCUAAUCUUGAAAAGAUUAGAAUUGCUGAAAAAGAUCGCUAG